UUUACAGUGCUUUUAUUCUUUGCAGUUUUUCUUGGUAAUUCUACUAUAUCACAAACCAUAAUCUCGACGUUUUGGAUAGAAAGACUGUGGCUUGCUUGGUCUUUUUUAUUUCCUCUGGUAGACGAACUUCACGACAGUAACGAUUACGACUACAACAGUCCUUGACUGAACGGCAACGUCACGAAAAAGAAAACACUUUACCCACACAUCACAUCACAUCACACUACACAACAACCAUGUUUUCAAGAAACCUACUCCGUGCCACUGCACUCCUACCCUUCCUCUCCACAUUCACCUCCGCACAAAACGCCUGCAAUAACUCGCCCGACCUAUGCAAUCGCGCAUACAACAACAUCACCUACCUCGGCGCCCACGACUCACCCUUCCUCCGCAACGAAGAAACCUCCUUCUCCACAUCCGGAAACCACUACUACAACACCACCGUACAACUCGACUCGGGCGUGCGCCUGCUCUCCGCCCAAGUCCACAAGACCAACGAAAGCGGCGCCGAAGCAUGGCACCUCUGCCACAGCAGCUGCAACCUGCUCGACGCCGGCAGCCUAGGCUCCUGGCUGACGGAGAUAAAAACCUGGAUGGACGCCAACCCGCGCGACAUCGUAACCGUGCUUCUUGUAAACUCCGACAACGCCACUCCCAACGACCUCGGUCCUAUAUUCCGGGACUCUGGUAUCGAUAAACUAGCUUACACACCGCCGUCCACUACCACUCUACCUCAAACAUGGCCUACGCUCGACGCCCUCAUCGGCAAUAAUACAAGACUCAUGACGUUUGUGGCGUCGUUGUCGCAACCAUCAACUCAAUAUCCUUAUCUUAUGGAUGAAUUCACGUUCGUGUUCGAAAACGAGUUUGAAAAUACGAAUCCCUCGAAUUACUCUUGUAACCCAGAUCGUCCUACCAACCUUGGUACGCCCUCUGCUGCUCAGUCUUCCGGUCGCAUGUUCUUGCAAAACCACUUUUUGUACAGUACUCAGUUGUUUGGCAUUCAGUCGCCCAAUGAGACUUAUGUCAAUGUUACGAAUGCUGCGACUGGCUUUGGCAGCUUGGGUGAUGCGCUGGGCGAGUGUACGGGUGUGUAUGGCAAGCCGGCGAACUUUGUGCUGGUGGACUUCUUCAACGUGGGACCGGCGAUUGAGAGUGUGGAUCGUGUUAAUGGGGUCAGGAGCGCCGUGGGUAGGAAGAGUGUUAGUGCGCAGCCGUUGAGACAGAGUACGGGUGGGGGUGCGAAGGAGAGGGGGAGUUUACUGGCGGUGGUGUUGGCGGUGGGUGUUGCUGUUGCUUUUGGGGCGUGA